AUGUCAAACAGCUUCGACGACAUUGAUGAAAAGGCGCAACCUUCGGUGGAGGUCUAUGCUACGUCUCUGUGCAUUAACCCAGGCGAAGAGAGAAGACUUGUCUGUAAACUGGAUUGGUUACUUCUCCCCCUAUUCACUGUCAUCUGUGAGGAGCUUGCCCACCCUAGAGAUAUUGGUAGCUGGUUGCUUACUCCACGCGUAGGGCUCGAAAAGGAUCUGGGCCUGGUAGGGUAUGACUACCAUAUUGGGCUUACCGUAUUCUACGUGUUUUAUAUUAUUUCAGAGAUACCGUCGAAUCUCAUUCUCAAACGCAUCGGCUCGAUAUGGCUAGCGAUUCUAAUCACGUCAUUCGGGGCAGUAUCGAUAGGGUCUGCGUUUAUGGAGAGUUUCGGAGGUUUGAUGGCAACACGGGUCAUAUUGGGGAUAGCGGAAGGCGGUACUCUGUAUUAUCGUCGCAAUGAGCUCGUCCUGCGGAUAGGUAUCUUCUUCGGACUUUCACCUACAAUCGCGGGAGCGUUCGGAGGACUGCUGGCAUCCGGACUUCUCUCUAUACCUGACAUCGGGGUCGUAACUUCAUGGAGGAAGAUAUUCCUUGUCGAGGGUAUAAUCACCGCGGGGUUUGGGCUCUUAUGUUUCCUCAUCAUCCCCGACGACCCACAGCAUUCGAGGAUGCUCAGCGCUGAAGAGAGGGCCAUUGCCCUCGCCCGGAUUGAAGCAGAUCAACCAGGGGCUAAGGGAGGGGGGAGGGAGAAGACGACAGUACAGCUGGUUCUGCGUGCAUUCAAUGUCAACACGAUCAUCUGCUCGCUAUGCUACUUGAUGAUCAAUAUCUCCUUCCAGGGACUUAGCUUGUUCAUGCCCACUGUAGUUGCGACGCUCGGACAUUUUACCACUGUGGAGUCUCAACUGCGUACCGUUCCGCCGUAUCUGGUCGGAGCAGCAUGGGUCUUGAUGAACUCGUACCACAGCUACCGGAUGAAGCAACGAGCGACUCCGCUCGUUCUCUCCGUGCUUCUGAUCGUGAUGGGAUACGCGAUUUUUAUAGGAACGCAGAACAGUCACGCUAGGUAUGGGGCGUGCUUCCUUGCGAUAGCUGGGGGCUCGCCUAGUGUGCCCAUGCUCAUGUCCUGGGCCACGGACAACGCAGCCCCUGACACUGUGCGAGCGGUUACAACUGCUCUCGUUCCUGGCAUAGGAGCAUUAGGAUCAGUGAUAGCCGUCUGGACUUAUCUCCCCACUGACGCACCGGAAUACCGCAAGGGUAACUCGUUGAAUCUCGCGACGAGCUGCACUACCUGUAUACUCAUUGUGGUGUUGGCGCUGUACGUCCGGUACGAGAAUGGCAAGCGGGAACGAGGAGAGCGGGAUUAUCGUUUGGACGGAAAGACGGCGGAGGAGAUAGAGCAAUUAGGGUACCGGCAUCCUGCCUUCAGAUAUCAUAUCUGA